UGUUAGAUAUACAGUUAUGGACAUCCCUAGGCUCUACCCACGAUGUUCAGGUAUCCGCCUAUCGUGGACUAGAUGCUGACAAAGCAGUAUCACCCUUGGAGACACUGAGCAUAACCCCCAUACCAGAAUACCCUUUGGACUCCGAGCAUAUUGAUGGCACGAUAAAUCGAUACCGGCGCACAGUAACACCGACCAUCCAACGCAACCCAGAACAACCAGGCCAGUUGCCAUCCGGUGAACUUUUGCUGACAUCGAGAAAGCAUCGAACUCAAUCGGAGGACACAGGUGUGCCCUCGGUCUGGUCUGGCUCGAUCAGGCAGUCGGAAGUGAACGUCUGAAUCGAUAGGUCUAAUAGAAACGAAGUAAUCAGUUGAAAGCCCUUCUGGCCCAGAAUAAGUGUUAGGAAGUGUGAAAUGUAAAAUUAUAAAUAAGAAUAUAAUAAAAGUGAUGGGAUUAGUGUUAAUUGGUGAAACAAGUAGUUUUUUAAAAACCUUAAUGUGAAGUCCCGUCCAUUUUUGGCGCAGUCGUACGGAACACUCUACGUGCAGUGCUAGUUUUUGGAAGACAAUCUAGUGACAAAACCCGAUCCGUGGUAAUUGGACAGUAGUGCGAAAACCGAAAAUUAGUGUCGAAUUGACGACAUCGGACGUGCCGGUAACCAAGGACUAAAAGUGUAACUGACUUGCGCAGGAUUCAGCAUUAAGUAGACGCUUAGCCCAACCCGUGGCGAAGCAAGAAACUAGUGACUAUCUCCAGCGAUCAUCAGGAACCAGGCUCUUGGAAACCAUCCCUCAACCCGUAGGUGAUUUGCGCCGCCCGACACGAAAACUGCAUCGGUGGGUUUCAACCCUUUAAGAGUGUCGAACCCUCGAAGAUGACACACAAACACCCGAUACUUUUUUGUCUUACAAUUAUGAUGUUUUUCAAUCCUAUUUACUCUGCUUACUUGGAAAUCCUUGAACUUAAUGAAAAUCCCGGUAUAGUUGCGUUCAAGACUAAUUCAGUCUUUAUAAAAGAAGGAUCUCACACACUAUUCCAUAGAUUUAAUUUAUUUUCCUUUACCGUCGUUCUCAAGCAGUAUGAAUCCAUUAUUUUGAACAUUGAAGAAAACCCAAAGAUAGCAGAACUAGUUAAAAUUCUUAAACAAAAGCAGAGUCAGGCUUAUUUUAUCCUUGAAAAUUUAACCGCUAGAAGUAGAAAAACAAAACGAUCUCUUAAUUUUCUUGGGUCUACCUUAAAAAUGAUUACAGGGAAUCUCGAUAAUGAAGAUUUGUUAAAAAUAGAAAACCAACUUGAAAUUCUUAAAAAUUCAAAUAACCUUUUAGUAACAGAGAAUAAUGAACAAAUUCAAAUUAAUAAAUUGUUUGAGGAAAGGAUUAACAAUAUUACUAAACAAGCUUAUAGACAGUCUAGGGAAAUAAAUAGCAUCAUUAAACAGACAAGACUGAGCUUAGACAGACCUGUCGAAUGGGAACAUCUCCUGCACCUACACAACAUCAUCUUCAACAUCGACAUGAUCAACCAGCAGCUGUCUACAAUUUUCGAGGCCAUUCAGUUGUCCAAGUUGGGUUUAAUUUCAAAGGCUUUCUUACAACCAUCAGAGCUAGAAUUUGCAACGAAUCUGUUGGAGUCACAAGGCGUUGUGAUUAACAGCUAUGACCAAGUUUAUGAGUUUUUGGAACCCAUAGCAUUCCACAAUAACUCAGACAUAAUCCUACUCAUAAAAAUUCCUAAAUUCAGGCAAGGAGAAUUUGUGCAACUCCAAAUAGAAGCCAUUCCACGACAGUUUAAAAUCAUACCGAUAAAUGCAACAAAAGCCAUUGUUGGUAACAAUGAGUUUUACCUAAUUUCCCAUCCAUGCAUGAACAUCGAGCAUAGCAUCAUCUGCGACGUCCAGAACUUGUAUAACACUUCAAAUGACGGAUGCUUACAUGAGUUACUAAGAGGAAAUACGGGUAACUGUACCUUCAUUAGAUCUCCAAUGAAACCUGACACAAAGGAAAUCGAGAAUCUCGGACUGUUAGUUAAAAUCUCUGUUGAUCCGACUUCGAUGCAAAAUAUAACACCGACCAUCCAACGCAACCCAGAACAACCAGGCCAGUUGCCAUCCGGUGAACUUUUGCUGACAUCGAGAAAGCAUCGAACUCAAUCGGAGGACACAGGUGUGCCCUCGGUCUGGUCUGGCUCGAUCAGGCAGUCGGAAGUGAACGUCUGA